GGAGUACAAUGCCCCUGGAGGAAAGUAUAAUCGAGGUAUCGCUGUAUUGACCUCUGUCCGGGAGCUGUUGCCACUGACCAUGCAGGAUGAGGAGACCAUAGAGAGGGCCCUGGUGGUGGGCUGGUGUGUGGAGCUGCUGUCGCUCUUCUUCCUAGUGUCUGAUGAGAUUUUGGAUAGGUCUGAGACUCGUCGUGGGAAGACUUGCUGGUACAAGAAGGAGGGCAUUGGCCGUGACGCUAUCAAUGACUCGUUCCUGAUUGAAUUAUGUGUAUAUCGACUCCUGAGGAAGCACUGCCGUGGACAGCCCUAUUACCUGAAACUGCUGGAACUGUUUCUGGAGGUGAGAACUGUAUCGGUAUCCUGUACACCCAGAACCAUAGUGUUAUUCCUUAUACCCAUCUCUUUUGUGUUACAGAUCUUCUACCAGACCAAGAUGGGGCAGGCACUAGAGCUAAUCUUCUCUCAGCCAGGAAAGAUGGAUCUAGCCCAGUACACAGAGACCAGGUAUAAAUCCAUUGCAAAAUACAAGACGGCUUUCUUUUGCUUCUACCUGCCCAUCGCUGCUGCCAUGUUUAUGGCUGGAAUAGACCAGGAGGAAGAUCACAGAAAUGCCAAAACAAUCCUGCUGGAAAUGGGGGAGGUAUACCAGGUGCAGAAUGACUACCUGGACUGUUACGGAGACCCCAGCAUGAGGAGGGCCGGAACUGACAUCCAGGAAAAGAAGUGUACGUGGCUGGUGGUAGAAGCACUAAAGAGGGUGACGCCUGAGCAAAGAAAAAUCCUGGAGGAGAACUAUGGCCAUGAUGAUGUGAACAAUGUGCAGAAGGUAAAGCAGCUGUAUGAGGAUCUAGGUCUGUCUGCUGUGUACAGACAAUAUGAGGAGGAGCAUUACCAGAGACUGCAGAUUCUCAUCUCCCAGCAUGCAAAUGGGCUGCCCAAGGAGAUCUUCCUGGGUCCGGCACGCAAGAUUUACAAGAGACAGAAAUAAGUGUUUGCUAACUGGAUAUGUAGGGCUGAAGUUGAUUCCUGGCAUUUAGGAUGUAGCUCCUUGUUCUGAUUCUUCUCCCUUGCUGUACAAAUUCAAGUACAGGAACAGAGCCUGCUUCCUCUCCAUACAUACAAUUUUACCAGGGCUCCCCCUACUGCCUAGUAGUAGGAUUAGGUGUUCUCAGUGCAACCUACAGAUUGUCUUUUAUUACCUUAUUACUCUGCCCUAAUUGGUGAUAAUAUGAUGGUACCACUUACGUGCUGUCUGAGAAUCUCUGCACCUGGGAGCUUCUAGUCCCUCAUUCUGGGGGCAUUAAUGAGACAGAAUAAAAUAAUUGCAUUUAAAAUUGAAUGCAGGCAGAGUAUUCCUAUAAUUUAUAGUGGAAUGAAUGGUCGCCUAUUAUCUUUUUGAGACUCUUCUGCAAACCUUCUUUGCACACAUUAUGCUAAUUCAUAUCCUGGUUCACAGCUGCUUACUCAAAUAGAGACUUCCUUCUGUAUGCUUAUCCGAAUGUCGUUAUCCAACUACUAACUCAUGCUGCUAAUGGAUUCACGUGAUACAUGAGAAAAACAACU